CUUUCUUGACCGCAUUGCUGGCUAUGCACUCAGGGCCUGUGCAAUAGUCGUUUGACGUUAGGACCUCGAUUAGCCGCGCCUGACCUCUCAAGAUUUGCUUCAUAGGACUGGCAGCACUAGAGGCAAGUCGCGCUGACCGGAGCUGGCGCGCGUGCGUGGGCAAGUCGACUUGAGUUCCCGUGACGAGGCUCUUCACAGUGACGAGGCUCUGAGAGGCUCAGGAGUGCUCAAAGCUGCUUGUUUAACGCUUUGAAUAGGUGAGGUUUUGCUGUGUGCUUCGGCGUGGACGCGGGACGCAUGCGGGACCAGCGUCCGUCGACGCGAGCACGUCGGCAGGCUGUGACGUAUUACAUAUACGUUGAACGCUAUAAAUCGAGCAGAUGGUUUUCGACGAUCCCGCUGAGCUUUGCUCGCCGUGGUCAACUGGAGUGGCGUCGCAUGCGUCCGCGCCAUGGUCCGCAUCUACAUGCUCAUCGUCGUUUGUGUGGGCGGAACCUGGCCCGCACUCGAACACGGCGUCGCUACACACCGUGGGAUCGGCCCUGCCGGCUACGCCCUCACCAUCAGCGUCAGCAGCAGCGACUAACGGCGGCACCGGCUCCAACGCGCUCCCAACGGCGCCGCGGAGCCGCACGAUGAUGUCGCCGGCUCAGGCGUCGGAGCCAGACGCAGCCGGCAGCCAGCCUACCCAACUGCUGGCGAUGCCCACAUGGGCCCGGCGCAACUCAAACCCUUCGCCACCGCGCGAUGACAACGGGGAAAGGCCGCAGGAGAAGGUUCAGGACCAGCCACAGCCGCAGCCCCCACUCCACCAGCAACACCCCACCGGACGCCACCGGCGGGCCUCUGGCGUGUUGGCCGAGGCAGCAGCGGCGGUGGCCGCCGCGCAUACGCCGUCCGUGGCUGCUUUGCGUGCCCUGAAUGCCAGCCGGCGUCGCUCUGUGGACUUAGGCUACGGACCCGGCGGCUUCACGGCGCCAGUCAGCCCCGCGCUCAGCCAAGCCGGCACCGGCGAGCCCUCCAGCACCAGCAUGGGCAGCCAUGCCGGGGCUGCGGGCGCCGUGGGCGGCGCCCUCUUUCAGCGGCUCAAAUCCGCGCGGCAGCGGCGGUGGUCAGUGGACAUGUCCUGGGCAGGCUCGGAGCCGGCGGGCAGUACCGGAAGCGGGGCGGUAGCAGCGGCAGCGGCUGGGAGCGGCGGGGCCAGCGCCAUCCUGCAGCGGAAGCUGGGCGCCAGCCGGCGCGACGGCAGCGGCGGCGACCGGGUCGAGCACGAAGACCAUGCAGCGUACGCCAUUCCAAAUGACUCCGACGAUGAUUCCGAUAUUCCGUUGAUCAAGAACAGCGGCUGCAACGGCGCGGCCAUGCCCCUUGCGCCACAGCCUGCCACACGGCCGGCCCUGCGGCAGUCCGGCUGCCUCAGCAUCCGCGUCCCGCACAGCCCCAGCCUGCAGUCCCUCGGUGGCGAGUCUGAAAAUGGCAGUGGCCCAACACCGCCGUCGUCCGCAGCAGGAGGGCUGCCGCCCGGCGCUUGCAGCAGCCCGCUGACCGGUCGCACAACGACUGCGCGGACAAUCACCUUUGCGCAGGAGGUGGCGACUGGUGACGACGACUCAGAUGAGGAGCCGCCGGCGUCGGCCUCGCCGUCACGCCGCCUUGCACAUUCCCCGUCCUUGGCGGCACGCGCCGCCGCAGCGGCGGCAGUGCUGGCGGCGCGUGCGGCGGAGGCUGCGGCAGCGGCUGCUGCCGCCGCCGCCGCGGCCGCGCCACCGGACCGCCACGCGCCGCCUAUUCAAGCGCAUCACCCGCUUCACGCGGCGGCUAUGGCGCUUGUGAGGGGUGAGCUGUCGCGCUCACGGUCGCUUGCGUCUGGGCGGCCCGGCUCCGCCAUGCCGGCGACCAUGAACGUCCACCCCAACGCGACGACCGUCACCGUCGUCGCCGCCACUGUUGUGCAAAGCCCCUGCCGCCCCACUGCGUCGGACGUGGCCGCCGCGAAAGCAGCUGCGGAGGCGGAGGCUGCGGCCGCGGCCACGGCUGGAGGCAGCGUUGACGGCGGCAACAGCAGCAUUUGCAGCCUCACGCGGUCGCAUUCCUUGUUUGACUCGGGUCCGCAGCGCCCGCGCGGCAGCAGCAUGUCGCCGGCCGGCUCGCAGCGCAACUUCGACGCGGUCGUUAACUCGCUGUGGGAGAAGGAGCUGGAGAAGGGCUGGCAGGCAUCAAGCAAGCACAGCGGCCUGCUGGUCGGCACCCGCGCGCCGCUGCGAUCGCUUGUAGCGGCAGGCGCCCUCGGCGGCAAGUCGUUCAGCGGCGGCAGCGCAGGGUCCUUGACGGCGCCGCCGCCGCCAGGAGCGCCGUCGCUGGCGGCUGCGGGCAUGCUGGGCGUGGCUGCGCUGGGCGGCCCGUCUGGGUCUGCAACGAUGGCGGCACGGGAGGUGCUUGUUGGCGAUCGCUUGGCGGGCGGCAGCGCCGGUGGCAGCUCGGUCCAGCGGCCGUGCAGCAAUCGUGUGAGCGCGCGGUCGCGGCGGUCUCUUGACCAUGCCUCCCAGCCCAUUGCGCUCGCGGGCGGCAGUAACGCCGGCACGCCGACCGGGCACAACCCGCGGCGCUCCUUGGAUGAAGGCUUUCUGGCGCCCGGCGCCCGCAUGUCGCUCACGUCGGUGCCGCCGCCGCCCGGCGCGUUCGCGGCCACUCGCGUGGCGGCAGGCAGCCCCCUGCCUGUGCAUGUGCACGGCCCGCUCACGCCCACGCCGCCGUCGUCGUCGCCCGUGCUCGCCAAGGCAGCUGGUGCCGCAGGCGCUGGUGCAGCAGGCGUGACGGCGGCGCGGCGGCCUGCAAAGCGGGUCGGAGUGUUCCGAAAGCUGCUGGGGGUGCUGCACGCGGUGCAGCAUGAGACGGCGGCUGAGCUGGAGGAGCCGACCGCUCAGGACUGAGUGACUGUAGUGAAAGAACGUGGGGGAAAUGGUGCAUACCUGCCCAACAUGGGCUUUACGGGGGAACAAUUGGAAUUACGAGACGAGUUAGAACUUUGGUUAUGUGCGCAGGCUGUAUUCCCACCUGCAGUAUAUCAACCCUGCAGUACACCUGCUUGCCAUGUGUUGACGUGCAUGUCUGUUAGGUACCCCACUACCCCGCACGGGAAGUGAGUCCCUGGACUGACAACGAAACUGCUUUGGCGCAUCGGCGCCAGAAGGCGGGCGCGAGCUUUCAUUUGGACUUGUUGUCCAUGGAUUGCAUAAUUUGGUUUGACCUGGCUUUGGCAGCUAGCUGGCUCCUGAUGCACAGCCGUCAGGGUUCAUGUGCCCUUCACAUUUGAAGUAUGUCUAGCGAUCAGUGCGAGUUGGUGCAUUGCGCUGCAAGAACACUGACAAUAAUUGUCGCAGGGUCACCCCACGCGACCACGGCCCCGGCAUUCACAAGGUUUGCCAUCGAGGCUGGAGGCUGGAAAGGGCAGAAGGGGUCUCAUUGCCCGGACCCACUUAGCACAACCGCCGGGAUGCCGGGGAACUUGCUUGCUGACAGUUGGGACUGCUGGUCCACGGAGUGCACGCAUUAUAUCAUAGUGACAAAACGCGUUACGGUCUGCUGAAUAGUAGUGCAUUCGUGUGGGUUCAUCGGCGGAUCAUGAUCAACUUUUUGGGCUGAGCCCCCCGAGCGAAGCGAUCCAGGGGGGGGCGAAGCCCCCCAGGAUUGCCCCUGUCCGUGCGUGCGUGCGUGCGUGCGUGCGUGCGUGUGUGCCUGCGUCGACAAAAAGUGCCAAACUGGCACAAACCGCGAGCGCCACGUAUUAUAAAUUGCUAUUCCCUAUUGUAUAAAAAUGGGCAGUUCAUCCAUGGCCUUGGCCGCGGUCUUCAUUAUGACUGCGCGUCCUGCGCACGCUGACAUAGAGGCUAUCAUGAUGUCGUCAGGGCACAUGCAGGGAUGCACUUGGCACUCAUCAGCCAGGACUAGGCUGUAUUACAUGGGGCCAAGGUGCAAUCCUGCAGGCGAUGCCCACCCUCGCAAGUCUUACAUGACUUUGUGGCGAGGAAUUUGGCAGGGGCCUAGGUGAUUAAUGCUCAUGAGGCGCCGUACUUGGACAUGCAGCCGCAGGCAGGCUAGCACACCUGCAAUCCGCAGUGUCAGGGUUGCAGGGAAGCAACGGGGCAAGCGGUCAGAGGCUGCCAUUUGCGAUUUUCUGCAUUUGCUAUUGGCGGGCGCAUCAAAGCCCCGCAACUCAAUAAACAUGCGCUGCGACAAGCGCUGAAUGCCAGCAGUGCAAGAGAUGGCCGCCGCCGGCGGCGGGGCCGGGCUGAGAGCCUGAACGGCGCUAGCAGGGCGUGGGGCUGAGGGUGCACGUGUUGAUUGGCGGCGAGUGACGUGACUAGUUUGUUAGCUGCGGGUUAGCACGGACUCUGCACCCCACCCAACCGGCCACGUCCGGAUUUGCGGGGAUGCCAAAGGCCCCCAACAUAGAGGCGUGUGCUUAGUAGGCGCCCGCGUCAAGGUGGCUGGGUUGAUAACGACCCGGGAUCAGCCCUUUUCCUGCCAUAAGGCAGCCACCUCCUUGUUGAAGCAUCAUGGGAGCAUGCACACAUCGUGGGAUGUUCUAUGCUCAAGGAUGGACUUCGGUGGAAGGGUCUGGUGGCUCCGGUCGGAGGAAGCAUUUACUCGGCGGGUGGCUGAUGCCUGAUGGACGAGGAUUUGUUCAUGCCCUGAACCUGGCAGGACGUUCGGUGACAGAAGCUGGCGUGUGAUACGCUCUGGGCGGUUGGAGUGCGACCGUGGGUGCAACCAUGGGGUGCAACCCAGCAGGGCUGUAAUUGGUCUUACGGUGUCGGUGCGUGCCAGAACGUCGAAUUGUUGGAGGCGUGCGCGUGUGCCUCGGCUUCGCACCAUAUGCGCGAUACCGGUAUCGGGAGCGUUUAGGACUGUUCAGA